AGAUGUCUGCCAAAGCUACGGCCUCUCUGAGACGUAGAGGUCAUCAGAUUAGUAAAGCGAACAGACUUAAUGGAUCUGAGCAAAGGAAACUGGAAGUAGGCUGGACAAAACUAGAAAAAACCUACAAAAACCGAAUCUCUAAAACUGAUCACUAUUCUAGCAUCAUUCAUAAACAAUUAAAAGACUAUGAAAAAGAAACGCUCAAUUACUACAAUGACUGUAAGCCAUUCGAUGACGUUUACUGGCAAGAUAUGCCCGAUAACUAUGGUGAUAUACUACAAGCACAACCAAGGAAACAUAAACAAACCAAGGUGACAGCCCCAGUAUAUGAUAAACCUCUCUCUGCUGUUGUCUGUGAGGCAAGAUUAGCUCUUAGUAAAAUACAAGACAAACGACAAACGGGCUUUUAUCACAAAGCAAAGAACAAGAGGACUUCUGAACUUCAGAGUGCUCCUGUUACAGGACGAUCGAAAUCAGGAAAACAGAAAAUUACUAGAUCGGAUCCCAUAAUCCCAAACCAAGACAGUCUAACAAGUAGACCAAAGUCAUCUAAACAUAUUGUCAAGACAUAUACUGAGGACAAUGAACUCACACACAGAACAAACAACAAAGAAAAAGACGAUGUUAGUACAACAACAUUUGUACGUCCAAAUAUGGCUCCCAAGUCCAAAACAAACAAUUGGAACCUGACAGAGAAGACAACUGACCAAUCAGAUACUUCUAGACUCCAUAUACAUAUGGAAAACUAUCAGAACAAUCACCAAGAUAAACAUGUAUUUGAUGAAGAUACUAAGUUUGGUGAUAGGGAAAAUGUCAAUGACAACAUUGAUUAUGGACCAGUAAAAACAGUUGGAGCAAGUGCCGAUUUGGAUGCAAUAGAUGCUGAAAAUGUUGAGCCAGGUGAUACAGAGAGUGCACAGUUAUUGAGACAUGACACAAAUAUAUUAGAUAUUUCAGGUUCAAACCCUCUUAAUAUAAAAAACCAUUCAAAUGAAUCAACAAAUAUACCAGAGGGCUUCACUGACAAACAUUUGACAACUGAAAAAGGUGAUUUGAAAAACAUUUACCUUCCUAAAAGAGAAAAGAUAUCAGAGGGGAAUGAAGACAAAGAUACAAAUGAUUUACCACACAAAUCUGAUAAUGAAAACUAUAACAACACACCUACUGUUGAAAGUGAUACUCAACAGAAUUCCAAUGAUGAGGUUAUUCAAAGUGAAAUAAACAAAGACAUCCACUUUGCGCAUACAGUUGCACCUAGCAAAGCUCAACAUAGCAAUAGAUCUAUACAUUCUCUGAAUACCAUUAGUGAAACUGGUAACACAACAAAUGAUCCUGUGACUGAAAAUGCACGAAAAAUCAACGAAAAUCACCUACCUAAACUAAGCAUGCGGGGAAAAUGGAAAGCAAUUGCUAUCAAACGGGGAUUAGUAGAACAAAAACCAAAGGCUGUGACUACAGAGACAGCUCCAAAACAAGGAUCUGCGAAACAAAUGCCAAAAGCUAUAAUAACGGAGACGGGCAACCUGGUUUAUGAAGAUAAUGAUGAUGAUGACACAAGUUACAAACAAAUAAUGAUCAAUAAGUGGAAGGCAGUAACAUUGUCUAAAAUUAUGAGGUCAAAUCCAGAUGCAUCAGCUACCAAUGUCCCUAUAAGUAAUGGGCUAACACUUCCCAAACUGGGACCAUUGGGUCAUGGGCGACGACCUUCAUUUGCAAGACUUGCUUCAAAUCAUAAUGAACCUGACUUUGAGGGUGAUGAUGUAACAAUGCUGCAAAUCAAAUCUCUUAAAUUUUAAAUAAAAGACUGUGAUUUUAGGUAUGAUUUUAAUAUAGGAUAAAUUAGUAAAAAGAAUUAUUUGAAGCUCAUUAUAAUAGAUCAGGAUUAUAUGAACAACUAACACUAUAUGAACAAUAAA